GAACAGAACGCUGCAUAUAAACAGUGUUAAAACUGACUAAAAAUGAAUGGAGUCUGGCGCAGAGAGUCUCGGGAACUCUGCUACAGUUACCCGAGGUCAGGUCAGAUUUAAUAUUGUUUUAAACCGGGCUCAUGAACAGAACGCUGCAUAUAAACAGUGUUAAAACUGACUAAAAAUGAAUGGAGUCUGGCGCAGAGAGUCUCGGGAACUCUGCUACAGUUACCCGAGGUCAGGUCAGAUUUAAUAUUGUUUUAAACCGGGCUCAUGAACAGAACGCUGCAUAUAAACAGUGUUAAAACUGACUAAAAAUGAAUGGAGUCUGGCGCAGAGAGUCUCGGGAACUCUGCUACAGUUACCCGAGGUCAGGUCAGAUUUAAUAUUGUUUUAAACCGGGCUCAUGAACAGAACGCUGCAUAUAAACAGUGUUAAAACUGACUAAAAAUGAAUGGAGUCUGGCGCAGAGAGUCUCGGGAACUCUGCUACAGUUACCCGAGUAUGGAGGAUGAUGAACUUCCGUCAGCGGAUGGGAUGGGUGGGCGUGGCUCUCUACCUGCUGCUCAGCGUCAUGGCGGUGUAUUACGUCUUUGAGGUCCACAGCUUCAGUUUGGAGCUUGUGCAGAGAGGUGGGGCCGGCCCGUCAGCCCCGCCACUCGCCAUCAGCUGGUCUCAGAGCCUUAGUGCUUACCUGCCGCCACUUCCUGUCUGGAUGUGGGCGUCAGUCUUCCUGCUGCCAUACCUGCAGCUCUUUCUCUUCCUGUUCUCCUGUACGAGAGCCGACCCUCGAGCUGUCGGUUACUGCGUCCUUCCUGUCUGCCUCGCCCUCCUCUGCAGCCGCCGCCACGCUGCCCGCAAACCGGCCAAUCAGAGAGGCCAGCCACUCAUUGACACGUAGGGGCUCGGGCCGUGGCAGGAGGACGAACUGAACUGUGUGUUGAUGUUUGUGAUGUCACUUCCUGUGUGCCUUCAAACAGUUUAACAAACAAUUAUUUUUGAUUAAACCCUCUGUGCUGUCUGUCAGGACCUGUAUUGUGCCCUGAGUACGACUGUCAGGAUCAAUACAUCUGCCCUCAGCGUCGACUGUCAGGAUCAACAGUUCUUUAUUCUGCAGCUGUCAAUCAUUCUCCUGUUGUUAUUGUGACACCACAGGCUAUCCUGUGCUGUGUUUGGCUAGAGCAUGUUUACUCUACCUGCUGUUUAACUCAUAGUUAGGUUAGUUAAUUGUUAACCUUAAUAUAGAGAACGUGACGGUUAAUCAAAAUACUUUGCUGUAUUUAAUAAGAUGAGUCACAUGACACAUGCUGGUUACUAUGAUAACUUUAUUAGAACUUAAAUAAAAUGAAAACCAAAA